AUGCAGCAAAAGCUGAUCAAGUAUGCUAACGCGGGCGAGAGUUUUCCUUUUGUGCCAAAGCAUCUGGUUCGGCUUGAAAAACCUGCCAAAGAGACCAAGUCGGAAGUGAAAAUUAAAAAACUGCCCUCGAGACCUUUGCAGAGGACAAAAUUGACUAUAGAGCAGUUGAAUUCCUAUGAAAGAGAGCAGUUUCGGCCAAAUCCGUCAAAAACCCGAUCAGCUGCGGAGACGGAAAGAUUGCAGAACAUCAUGGCUUUCGGAAAGGAGUUUGAUGCUGAACUGAGAAGUGCUGACUUGAAACAAAAAGCCAUUGAAAAGACGCCACCCGAAGUUGAUUUGUUUGCAGAAAUUUUGGAGGAGAUUGAAGAAAGACGGGAGUUCUUGGACGAUAUGGAAAAACUUGGUGUGCACAAAAAGUACUUGCCUGAAAUUCAAAGCCAGAUCACAUUGCGCCUUAGAGAGCUUGAAAAACUCAACAAGGAUAGAGCACAGGAAAUUCUUCAGUAUUUUAAUAGAUAAUCAAUUCGCGUUUUAUUGUAUGAUGUGUCGAUCGUCUUUAAUAAAUACUUUUUUUC